AUGGACGCUCGGGGCGCCAGCCAACGCCACGGCGGCGGCGAGGACGUUGCGGGAGUGCAUCUUGAUCGUGAGAUUCGGUAUACUCAACUAUAUGAACUAUCUCUCUUUGAGAGCUACCAUGCCUGUGUCGUUUGGUUCUGGUCAUUGUCACGGCGUGGCGUCCAGCAUAACGUGUCAACGAACAAUGGAAGCAUCCGUGCUUCGGCGAGAACCCGAACUAGCAUUGGCCAUGGAACAAAAGAAGCCGAGAUUUAG